UGCAGGGCGGAAGAAAAGGCAACCUCUUCAUGUUUUCCAUCCGUAACCCUAGUCUCCUAACACCCAACCAAAACCCUUCUGAAAACCCUAAUUCCGUGUUGUGCACGACAGAUCGCGCCUUUGUUCUUCUGUAUUUCUUCCUAUUCCAAGUAUAACUACUGCCUUGCGUUAAGAGAUGGGAGAUGAGAAGAAGGAUCUCUGCUUAGUGGAAGAAAGAGAGGCGGAAAUGGUUGCUUUUGCCGGCUCAUCAGAGCCCUAUAAGAGAAAUGGGUAUUUUCUUAAUCCUAUCUUGAAAAACGCACAUGCAAUCCAAGAAGCCCUAUCCUCUCCUCCUCAGAGAAGAACAAUCUCUGUCGCCCCCUUUGCUUCAUCGACAGUGCACUUUAAAGGUUGGGCUUGCCCGCAGCGUCAAUGGGGAAAGUGGGUUGACAAAUUGCAGCCAAUAUAUGAGGAUUUGUGGAAAAAAUCCGGCAUCUUUGAUGCAAUCAAAUCUUCAACCUACAAAAUUAGGCGAGAACUAUCUUCCAUUUUGGGGGCUGCGGCGUUCUGGUGUGAGGAGACCAACACAUUCCUCUUCCCGUGGUCAGAGGCCACCAUAACCUUAGAAGAUGUGAUGAUUCUCGGAGGUUUUCCUGUUACAGGAGAACCCCUAAAGAAAAGAGAGGCAUUUGAGGGAGAUCUGCUAGAAAUGGAAAAGGCUAUGAUUGCUGAACACCGCAAGUUCAACAAAACUAAAUGGCGGAAAGCAGACCAGACCUUGUGGACGAGGCAGUUCAUGGAAAGGGAGGGCGAUGAACUCGAGCACAUUGGUUUCCUUUCGUUAUGGCUUUCAAGGUACGUUUUUCCUAGACAUCCCGAUGGAAUUGUGGGGCAAUAUGUGAUACCGAUUGCAGUCCGUCUCUCUCGAGGGGUGCGGAUCUCCAUUGCUACUGCAGUCCUUGCUAGUCUUUACCGGGACUUGCGCAUAUUGAAGGAUUAUCUACACAAAAAUGGUGGUGGGCAGGAGGCAGCACAAUUGGUUCUUUGGGCUCCUUUUAGUAUACUGCAAAUGUGGCUAUGGGAGAGGUUUGUAGCUCUGAGACCAGAGGCGCUGAAUUAUGUGAAUUCAGGGGAACCAAGGGUGGCAAGGUGGCAUGAUUCUACUAAGAAGUUGGAGCUGUCAUUUGUUAUCUCUGUUAUGGAAUUGCCGGACAGUUUCCAGUGGCGGCCAUACGCAAUUAGUCUGGAUAGUUGGUGCAUGCCUUCUUUCUACAAGGAAAUGGGUGAAUGGGUUUGCAGUGGAGGUAGUUCUGAUGAUGAGUUUGGGUCUUUUGCGAGGUGCUUGAGGCCAUGUGAACUAGUUGGGCUAGAUUGUAUCGAGCAAUAUCUUCCUCAUUGGGUGGCCAUGCAGUUUGGGUUGGAUCAAGAUAUACCAAAUAAUGUAACAAGAGCUAAUUCAUCAUGGGAAGCAGCCUGGGAUAGCUUUGAUACUGCUUCUAGAAUGUUGAAAUUCUUUGCCCCACCACGGCUUUACGAGUCGGAUGUCACCGCACGGUAUUCAGUCUGGUGGAAACACAACAGGGUGACCUGUUCUAAUGUGGUGAGAGUAGUUGCAGGUCCAUCUAUGCCUUUGAAGAUGGCAAAGAAGUCAGAGAAGGAAAUGGUUUUAGAAAAGCCAGGUGAGGAUGUUGAAUUUCUGGCUCAUGAGGAGGAUUUGCAAAAUAAAGAUGAUUUUGCAUUAGUUAAUAAUGAUAAUGAAAAGGUUUAUAAAAGGAAAGGUGUAAAGCCCUUAGAAAUUACAACUCAGGGAGGAACCCAUAAGAAGCUGAAGUUAUCUGUGAAGGGUUGGGAGAAGAUGAAACAAAAUACAAAAGUUUCUAGGAAGAGUAAAACAGAAAAGAAAAGGCGGUAUUUAAAAGACUUUGCUUUUGAUUUAGCUGGAAAUGUGCACAGGGAAACUCUUGAUGAUUUUGAUGGGAAGGAAGUUGAUGAUUUUGCCCCUAUAGCUUUCAAAGACUUUGGAGAAACUACUGUUCAUUCAGGAUUCAGAACAAAAAACAGAAAAGAAGUUAUAAGAUUGAUUGGUGAAGAUUCACAACUGGAAAUGCAAAUUAAAGCACUCAAGAAGGAGAUUGCUGGUAUCCAAGCAAAAUUGAUGAAUCUGGAAUCUCUCCAAGAGGAACAAUCCAAGUCUGAAGUAUCGUCUUCUGAUGAAUAGUGAUCGACGCCUCCAAGUCCGCGCCCCGUUGUUUGACUUGGUUGAUGGGCGAGUACGGUUGGGAACCUCCUAACCUGUGCUCGAUUCCCCUCGAGCGGCAGCGCCUCUUAAGUAGGGGCCAAUCAAGUGCGAGUCAGAAGGUUUCUGUGCUGGAUGACCCUUCUAGAUCAGUCGAGGAUUAAUCACGCAGCCAAAUGUCCUUUCGGGGAUGGCUGCGAGUGAAUACCCCAUUCCAAAUAAUAAUAAUAAUAAAAAUCCACGAACCACUGCCAUUGUUGCAGUCCACACUUGAUUGUGUAUUUGACUAAGCCCUUUUGCUGUAGGCAGCUUUGCGAUUAUUGUAAAACCUUCCAGCUUUGCGAUCAUAUUAUAUUGAAACAAAUCUCAAUUACUGCAA